CUCGUCGCCAUUCGGGUCCGAGCCGUCCAAGUGAGUGAAGGUGCUACGCGGCGCGAGUUUUUUACUCCAUCGUUCGGUUCGCGAUUACGCGCGAGUAUAUGCGCAAAUGUGCAUGAGCGCGUGCGCGCGCGCCCAAUAAAGGCGAAUCGAGGGAAGGUACAAUAACCGACCGCCCGGUUCACGGUUCUCGUUUUCUCAUCGCGCGCGCGGCAGUGGUGCGUGGUGCGUUGCUGCGUUGCGUGUGACACGGUGUUGGUUAUCACCGGACGGAUACGCCUCGUGGAAUAUGUUCAUCGAGCAUUGAAAAGCGCGUUUCGCAUCGAGACCGUGAUCAAAUGACAGUUGUAUCAUCGGUGCGCUUGUGCGUGUGCUAGUUUUUGCCGCUGCUACAGAGUCCAUUCAUCUUUUUUUUUUUUUUUCGUCUUUGCGCAUCGUAUACUCGAUUCAGAAAAGAGAAGAGAAGAGAAAUAUUUCAAGAUGUACUCCGAUGGCCACGAAGUGGACGGUAGCUGGGUGCUGCGCGUCUAUGUGACGGAUCUGCAGGUCGAAAGGAGUUUACGCGUAAAGGGAGAGCUGCAUAUCGGCGGUGUCAUGCUACGUCUCGUCGAAGAUCUCGACAUCGCUAUGGACUGGUCGGAUCACGCACUUUGGUGGCCGGAACGAAAUCACUGGCUGACCAGAACGCGCAGCACGCUGGAUCAGUACGGCGUAGCAGCGGAUGCAUCGCUGCAUUUCACGCCGAUGCAUAAAACCUUAAGGGUGCAAUUGCCGGAUAUGCGCUGUCUCGAUUGCCGAGUUGAUUUUUCGGUCAAGACAUUCAACGCGGUCAUUAAUUUGUGCAAGGAACUCGGCAUUAGACACCCAGAGGAGCUUUCGUUCUGUAAGCCGCUCGAACCGAAUCACCUGAAAUAUAAUCUAAAGGACUUGCCAGCCAAGAAAAAGAUCGAGAAUCAGAAGAAUGGUCAUUGGAACGUACCGGCCGACACGAAUACCUUCAUUCCAGUUAGCCAGAGUCCCAGAGGAUCUACGGGAAGUUUAGAUCAGUCGAGUCCAUUCAUGUGCGCGCCAGUCACACCCAAUAAUAGAAAUCACAGCACACCGAUCAGCUCUCCUGUCACGCAUACCGGAACAUGGAAGAGGAACAAUAAUUCUUCCGGUUUCGGUAGCACCGGCUCCUUCAACGCCAAUAAUAGCACUAUGAGCCUCGAGGCAUUAAACGGCGGAUUGUCAGAGUCCCUGGCGCAGAGUCCAACGUCGAUUUCGCCAGAAACGCGAACGAAAUUGAUUAGGCCAAAGAGUCUAAUCGAAAGGGCAAGGAUGAACGUCGCCUGGCUGGAUUCCUCUUUGUCGAUUAUGGAACAGGGUAUCCGCGAAUUUGACACGCUCAGGCUAAAGUUUAAAUUCUACUCCUUCUAUGACCUGAAUCCAAAAACCGACGCGGUCCGCAUCAACAUGAUUUACGAGCAAGCCAAGUGGCAAUUACUCGCAGAGGAGAUUGAUUGCACCGAGGAAGAAAUGUUGAUGUUUGCAGCACUUCAGGUACAAGUGAAUCUUCAGGCGAGCGUGCCGCAGCCCACGUACGAUAGCAAUGGAGGGACCUCACCCGUCGAAGACGAUAUUGAUGCGGCCCUAACGGAUCUACAAGUGACUCUGGAGGGCAGCAAUAUCAGCAAGGGACCCAGUGACAUCACGCAAGUGCCCGAGCUCUGCGACGAGCUGCGUUUUUUCAAACCAAAACGUUUUACGCUAAAGGCUUUUAAACGUUAUUGGUUCACGUGUCGUGAUCUUCAGUUAAGACUCUACAAGAGCAGAGAGGAAGCGAACGGUUCAGAGUCACCAAUCUACGUCAUCAAUUUGCGUGGCUGCGAGGUCACGCCGGAUGUACAUUUGUCGCAAGGACGCUACGGUAUCAGAUUGGAGGUGCCCAGCGCUGAAGGCAUGACCGAGAUGUGGAUCAGAUGCGAUAACGAGCAUCAAUAUGCAAAGUGGAUGGCCGCGUGCAGAUUAGCGGCCAAAGGACGUACUCUCGCCGACGCGUCCUAUGAAAGCGAGGUCAACAGUAUCACAGCUUUUCUGCAACUACAGAGGCCUGCACCUGCACCGGCUAUCAAUCCUAAUGCUUUGGAUAUCAUACCAGAGGAUUACGUCGCAUCCCGAUUUGCGAAGAAAUUCAAAGGAAAGUUGGUUCAGAGAAUCUUGGAAGCGCACGCAAACGUUAAAGACUUAUCUCUGAUCGAAGCAAAACUGAAUUAUAUUAAAGCUUGGCAAUCUCUUCCGGAAUACGGUAUUUCGCUUUUUAUCGUGCGAUUUACCGGCAAGAACAAAGACGAAUUACUAGGUAUUGCCAAUAACAGACUAAUGCGAAUGGAGCUUCAUAGUGGUGAUCAUUUGAAGACUUGGAGGUAUAAUACUAUGAAGGCAUGGAAUGUUAACUGGGAAGUAAAACACAUGAUGGUACAAUUCGAGGAAGAGAAUAUAAUUUUCGAAUGCCAAUCGGCAGAUUGCAAAGUCGUUCACGAAUUUAUAGGAGGCUACAUCUUCUUGUCGAUGCGCUCAAAAGAAGCGAAUCAAACGUUAAAUGAAGAAAUGUUCCACAAAUUGACCGGUGGAUGGGUUUAAUCUAAAAAUGUAUAUGAAAAAAAAAGGAAAAAAUUGUAAUAAGUUCUAACAUAUUCUAAAAACAAUGAUAAAAUACGUUUUGCCGUUUUAUCAACAUGCAUCACGUUCUCUUCAACGUCUGUACGCUGGUUGACAUUUGUAAAAAUAUUUAAAUCUGAUCGUAGUUAUAUAUCACACAUUUUAAUGCUGUAUGCUGUAAAUAGAAUAUUAUAUCCUCUCUAUAUUUUAGUGAGAGUUUUAACAAUCAUAAUAUUUUUAUUUAACAGGAGGCUACUUCAAGAUUUUUUUACUACUCUUUGACCGAAGCACUUUAAUUUUAUGAAGUAUCAAUAUAUAUUAAUCGUUGAAAUCAGGGCCUCCUUUUCACGACAAAAAAGAGAGAAUCCAUUUUCUACAUAUAUUUAUAAUGGUUUUAUAAAGAGAUAUCUGCAAAACUUUAUUUUUUACAAAGACAAAUUAUACUUUUAUACAAAACUUUUUCUACUCGUGAAAAAUCUGCCAUUGAUGAAUAAUACUAGAUGAACUAAUAAACGAAUAUAUCGAACACGCAUAAGCGAGAAAACCUGCGAAACAUCAUAAUGUAUUAGGGUAAUACUCUACAUAACAAAGAAGUGUAUCGAUUUUUAUUUAAUCAAAAAAUUGUUUUCUUUAAUAGGUUCCUUUGUAUCGCAUAAUUUAAAUGAGUGAUUAUAAUCCUUUCUCUCUCUUUUAUAAUGUGUGUGUUUAUGUCCUCUUUAGUGUCACAAGGUGCUACAUCGAAUGCGAAUUCGACUUUAUAACGCAAGAAAUCAUGUGUGUAUAAAUUAUUUGUUAUUGUAAUGUAAAUUAGAUAUAGAAAAAUAUAUUUCACUUACGUCGUUAUAUACAUUACGUUUAUAGGAGGUACUGCGUUAUAUAUGUACAUGUAACAAAAAAAAAGAUUAUAGUUUUGUAUAUUAAUAGACAGUAACUGUAUAAUAAACUUAUUAUUAUUAUUAA